CGUGGUUUGGUUCCACCUCGAAGUCCAGCCUCCUGUCAAUAGUUGUGUGGUUGUUUGAGUUGUCAACAACUGCAGUUUGGAAACGGUGAAACUAAAGAAGAAGAAGAAGAAGAAGAAGGGGGAGGAGGUGAGAUGAGAAGUUGUGAGAAAAAGAAAGUAACGAGACGGUUUGGCCGAAAAAUAAUCGACUCCACAGGUGUUUUUGUCGUGGUGUUGGAGCUGGAGUGGACAUCAAAAGUAACGUCGGUAACAUAGUUAGAAUUAGUUAUUGAGUAGUUAUUAGUUAUAGAAGUUGUUGUGUCGUACACACAGCGAGGUUAUGCCGUGACAUAUUUUAAUAUAUAUAUAUUAUCACAUAACAAUUGAGCCUUAGUGGUGGACCAUGUCAGCAUCACCAGCAGCAGCAGCCAGCUCAUCCCAGCAGCAGCAGCAACAGCGGGUUAAACACAGCCGCUCCCCCACCGCCUGCUGCACGUCUUCUAUCAUCAACAACAACAACACAGUCCGGACGCAGCCCAUCCGAGCUACGGUGCCGUAUCAGCUUUUGUGUGGAAACCAGCACAGCCCAACCCGUUUCGCUUCCUCCUCCUCCUCCUCCUCAGUAGCCGGGAGCAACGCAGGACCGACGACGUCCCGUUGCUCCAGUCCCGCCAACCCGAGUGGAAGCGGCUCGGACGGCAGGCUGGUCCGCAGGCAAAGACUCUCUCAGCCGGACAGCAGAGGCUCACCAGAAAGCUCCCCACAAUCGCCGACCUCCAAAGCUGACAGGACAAAGACACAGGACGUGUGCAGUUCUGGGGCCAUUGCGUGGACUCCCUCCUUGGGUACUAUCACUGGACCCUACCUCGCUGGACAGUGGCCUCUUGACCUUCAUGUGCUCUACCCAUCUUGUAUGAAAGAUAAAUCUACACAGACUCCUGGAUGUUGGAGUGACGAAUCAGGAGAGGAGAAGAGCAUCCACCAACGCUCUGCGUCCUGGGGCAGCGCUGACCAUCUCAAAGAGAUUGCGAAGCUCCGGCAGCAGCUCCAACGGCGCAGUAAAAAAGGAGGCCGUCGCAGUAAAGACAAGGAGCGAGUGUCCUCCCUCCAUUUCACUGCCCUCACCAGCACUACCAACCACACCUCCAUAGCCAGCCACGUUCAGCACUUUUCCAUGUCGAAGUCGGCUCAGAUGCCGCUGUCCAACAUCACUGUGCCAAAGCCCUCCAUCUCCAGGGUGCCCAGCAGCAUGGAGGGCAUCAACCAUGAGCUGGAGAAAGUCUUCAUUAAAGACAACGGAGAGAAGGAGGAGCUCAAGUCUCUGGAGGUCCCCGACGGCCGACGAGCACCCUUCCCGCCUCAGCAGCGCAGCAGCAGCAGCCGAAGCGUGGACACCCAGACUCCCUCGGCCCCCGGGCGGUCCAGCAGCUGCUCCAGCCUGUCGCCCUGCCCCUCGCCAGCUUGCCCACCAGGAUCACAUGACGGCAGCCCCUACUCCGCAGAGGAUCUACUGUAUGACCGGGACAAAGACAGUGGGAGCAGCUCACCGCUGCCCAAAUUCGCCUCCUCGCCCAAACCCAACAACAGCUACAUGUUCAAGCGAGAGCCGCCAGAGGGCUGCGAGAAGAUUAAAGCGUUUGAGGAAAUGAGCUCAAGGCAGUCCACGUCCGCGGCACCGGUCCCGCUCUUCUCCUGCCCGGACAAAAACAAGGUCAACUUCAUCCCGACAGGUUCUGCAUUCUGCCCCGUCAGGCUCCCCGGCUCCCUGCACCUCAUCCCCGCCUCGGAGCCCGAGGAGGACGAGGACGACGCGGAGCCUCAGGGAGCCACGUCGCUCUCUGGCGCUCCCUCUCAGGUCUCCACGAGCACCAGCACAGAAGACCCCCCCGAGGAGGCCGGCUCACCUUCAGAGACUGCAGACAGCCAGACAGACAGCCCGGCCAUCAGCUAGACCUGAGCGGAGCUGGCCUCUGGCUCUGGGAUCCACGCUAGCCAACACCGACCAUCACCACUAACUGUCCCACCAACACACCUCCCUCUGCUCUGCCAGGGGAGUCUGCGACUCUCUGUGCUGCCCCCCCUCCCCCUUCCACACACACACACACACCCCUUCACUAUCUCUGCAUGACAUAGCAACAGUGUCUCCAGUAACCACCACAACCACCACCGCCGCCGCCAACAAAAAAGACUCGCCACCGUGAUGUUCUUGGUCGAGAAGAGCCUGAUGGUUAAGAGGUGAUCACAUGCAGGCGUCAGAGGGAGAGAGAGAGAGAGGG